AUGCCUGGAGAAGCUGACGCCAAAGCUGAAGCUGACGCUGUUCGAGUCAAUCACCACCACAACGACAACCAAGACUCGCCAUCGCAACCUCCCGAUUCAACUUCCCAUGCCCCGACGAACCACCACUCCCCCAACGGCUUCGUCAAAGAACUCGACCAGAUACGCCGCCAGCUCGACGACCAGAUCCACAAAUUCAUCGCCCAGAAUGAGAGAGUUGAAGCUUUACGAGCGCGAGUUGCGCACACGUUAUCGCGCCCUACGCGCGCCCUCCAUACAGACCUCUGGGAAUCCCUCGCCCACUACCCACCUGCUGACCAGCCUUCGGGUGCUUCUGACACCAAACGAGACGCUCAAGGCACGAACGACAAGAGCCAUGAAUGUGAAAGUGAGCUUCUGGACCUGUUCACCCCUGUAUAUCUCCCGCUACUAGAGAGCAGGCCUCUUGGUCCUAGCCGUUCUCCUUUUGCUCCUGCUCUCGGUGAUACUGACGAUUCAUCAACUAUUGUUGAUGAUCGCCAGGCUCUCCAGCGCGCGAAUACCGACCCUGCCGACGACAACGAGUCUCUAUCCUACAGGCGGGGCCUGGGCCCAAGGGCCCCUUCAUCUGGUUGA